AUGGGUAAAGCUAAGAAAACUAGAAAAUUUGCAGCUGUUAAACGUACAUCAAAUUUAAAGAAAGAUCCAAGAGCAAAUAAUAAUACAAAUGUUCAAAAACCUAAAAAAGAUGAUGAUCCAGAAUUAACAAGAUCCGUACCACAAGUUUCAUCUGCUUUAUUUUUUAAAUACAAUGAAUCUAUAAAACCACCAUAUCAAGUUCUUAUAGAUACAAAUUUUAUAAAUUUUUCAAUUCAAAAAAAAAUCGAUAUAGUCAGAGGUCUAAUGGAUUGUUUAAUGGCAAAAUGUAUACCUAUAAUAACAGAUUGUGUAAUGGCUGAAUUAGAAAAAUUGGGUGCAAAAUAUAGAAUUGCUUUAAAAUUAGCUAAAGAUCCAAGAAUUCAAAGAUUAAGUUGUAGUCAUAAAGGUACAUAUGCUGAUGACUGUUUAGUGAAUCGUGUUUUACAUCACAAAUGUUAUAUUAUUGCAACUAAUGAUGCUGAUUUAAAAAGAAGAAUUAGAAAAAUACCAGGUAUACCAAUUAUGAGUGUUGGUGGUCAUAGUUAUGUUAUAGAAAGAUUGCCAGAUGUAUUUUGA